AUGGAGCACCAUAUAAUCCAGCAAGUCGGAGAGCAUGAGGAGGAGGAGGAGGAGGAGGAUGGCAUGAGAGCGGAAGCGGCAUUCGAAGGGGUGCACAGUCACAACACGUUUAGGUACAAGCACAAGAAGAGGUCCAAGGUGUGGGAGGAGUACAAGCCCGUCUUCCUGAACGGGAAGGUUCAGUUUGCAGAGUGCCUGUACUGCCGCAGCCGCAUGAGCUGCAAGGACUCCAACGGAACGAGUCAUCUCUGGCGGCACCAGAAGAUCUGCCCGGCCAAGGAGGACGCGGCGUUUCGGCGGCUCAAGGAUUCCUACUUCCCAUGUGUUUUGGUGAAUCAGAGUGAACCGGUUACACCAAGUGAUCCGGUGAAUCAGAUUAUUUCAGAGACACUGGACGACAUAAACUCUGUAAUUCCCAACAGAUUCAAGUCCAAGGUGUGGAGAGAGUUUUCACCAAUCUAUGUCGAGGGUAAACUCCAGGCUGCAGACUGUGUGCAUUGCCGCAAACGCCUCAGUGCAAAUAAGUUUGGGGGAAGAAGCCAUCUGAGUCGACAUCUGCUGACCUGUCAGGCACGAAGGGGCUACAGUAAUCAGAAGGGAACGCUUUACCCUUCUAGUGCUCCUAAUUUGAAGUCCAUUGGGCAAGAUGAGCUCUCACCUGCCUUGGCAAAUGGGAAAGUUCAGAUAGCAGAACACUCCAGCAAACUCUUCAGGUCUAGUAGCUCUGCUGACACUUCCCCUAUUGUCCGACCCAUUCAAGUGGUGCCGGCACAUCAACCUCUGCCAUCACAAGAUCUUCCAAGCCUGAAGAAACAGAGAACCUCAUUUACGACCACAACUAGUGAAAUGAGGAAGGUUGACCAAGGAGCAGCUUAUCAAGAGCUAGCCAGAAUGAUAGUUUCGCAUGGUUAUCCGUUAUCAAUUGUAGAGCAUGAAGAAAUGAGAAGAUUUGUAAAGAACCUCAACCCUAUGGUUCAUGCAGAUGCAGUCUCGCACAAUGAUAUGGAAGGACAUUGUUGUGCUCUAUUUCAGAAGGAAAAGGCAAAACUUAAGGAUCAAUUGACUCUUUCCUCCCGGCGUGUCUCUCUGUCAGCAAGCAUCUGGACUCCUGAUGGAGCCGAACCAACAGUAAAUUACCUUUGUUUGACAGCACAUUUUAUUGAUAACAACUGGAAAGUUCACCGAAUGAUAAUCAAGUUUGGCAUGUUUCGGUCCUCACCUACUGAUAUGGAAAGGAUGAUACAUUAUAAGGAGGCUUGUGUGCCAGAGUCUGAAUGUGGAGCAUAUAAUGUCAUAUGGGAUGCCAUUAGAGAUUGGAAUCUUGAUCAGAAGCUUUUGAGCUUGACUUCUGUUGGUGAGGUUAGGAAUGAUGUAAGUUCCUCGAAGCUGAAGGAAACAUUUGUAGAGAAAAAAUGCCUUCCUAUCAGAGGCAAGCUAUAUAAUGUUGCUUGUGUGGAUGAUGCCCUUAACACUAUUGUUUCCAAAGUGCAACAAAAUAUCAUUCACCUUGUCGGUGACAUGGUAACACAGUUUUUUGUUGCACAUGCAUCUUCAUCGUUGAAUCAACAACAGCUUAUGGAAGUCAUUUCACAGAUGAGUUUAAAGUGUCCACAAGAAGAUGCUAAGUGGUGGCACAAACUUUAUUUUCGGCUUGAAGUUUUUUUGCAUUUCAAUAAGUCAUUUCCUUCUGAAGAAGCAGCAUCUCCAGAGGAUGUCAUAGUUGCUGAGUCUAUUUGCAAGAUUUUGAGGACGUUUUAUCGUGUUAUUGAAGUCAUUUCUACCUCUAGUUCUCCGACAGCAAACAUGUACUUCAAUGAGAUAUGGAAAGUGAGAACAGUUUUGCAAGAAGAAGCAUCAAGUGAGCACACAGAAAUCACUGUGAUGGUUACAGAGAUGCAAGAAACAUUCAAUGAGUACUGGCAAAAUUCGUACUUGUGGUUAUGCAUACCUGUUAUUCUAGACCCUAGAUUCAAGUUCAGUUUCAUUGAGUUCCGUCUGAAACGAGCUUUCGGAUUACAGUCAGCAAGCUACUUAUCUGACAUACGCGAAACACUCCAGGAACUCUUCAAUGAAUACUGCAGUUCAGUGGAUCAGCCGAAUGGGCGUGUGCCAAAAAGCGAAGCUUUUGAUAUAGACUAUAGUGACUCAUUUGAAGAUUGGGAUCAGCACCUCAAUGAGCAAGCGAGCAGGCAGAAAUCCACAGAACUCGACAACUACCUCGAGGAUGGUUUGGUUCCAAGGAAGGAUGAUUUUGAUAUCCUGAACUGGUGGAUGUGUCACGCCACAAAGUACCCGACGCUUGCAGCUAUUGUGCAGGAUAUCCUGGCGAUGCCAGCAUCUGCUGUUCAAUCCGCAGCAGCAUUCACAAGCAGUGGACCAGUAAUUCCAAAGCACCACAGCAUGUUAAGCAUCAAGACCAUCGAGGCACUUGUUUGCACUCGAGAUUGGACGAGAUAA